AUGCCGCCAAAGUCGAGGUUCACGAGGCUAGACGCCUUUACGAAGACGGUCGAAGAUGCGCGCAUUAGGACCACCUCCGGUGGCAUCGUCACCAUCGUGUCGCUUGUCGUGGUGUUCUUCCUCGCCUGGGGGGAGUGGUCCGACUACCGUAGGGUAGAGGUGCAUCCAGAGUUGAUUGUGGAUAAGGGCAGAGGCGAGCGCAUGGAGAUCCAUCUCAACAUAACGUUCCCCCGGAUUCCCUGCGAGCUCCUCACGCUCGACGUGAUGGACAUUUCUGGCGAGCAGCAGCACGGCGUUCAACACGGUGUGACAAAGACAAGACUGCGCCCACAAAGCGAGGGCGGCGGCGAUAUCGACACCAAGGCGGUUGCUCUGCACGCCCGGGACGAGGUUGCUACCCACCUCGACCCAAGCUACUGCGGUCCUUGCUACGGCGCACAGCCCCCGCCCAAUGCGAAGAAGCCUGGAUGCUGCAACACCUGCGAGGAAGUGAAGGACGCUUACGCGCAAGCCGCUUGGGCCUUCGGCAGGGGCGAGGGCAUCGAGCAGUGCGAGCGCGAGCACUACAGCGAGAAGUUAGACGAGCAGCGCAAUGAGGGCUGCCGGAUCGAGGGCGGGCUGCGCGUGAACAAAGUUAUUGGCAACUUCCACAUCGCCCCGGGCCGCAGCUUCAGCAACGGCAACAUGCACGUCCACGACCUCAAGAACUACUGGGACACGCCCACGAAGCACACCUUCUCCCACCAAAUCCACCACCUGCGCUUCGGCCCGCAGCUUCCCGAUAACCUGCACAAGAAGCUCGAUGCCAGGAAGAACAUGCGUGGACGAUCCACCACCUUCAACCCACUCGACGACACCCCACCAGGAGACGGGACGACGUCAACUACAACUACAUGUACUUCUUCAAGAUCGUGCCCACAUCGUACUUGCCGCUGGGCUGGGAGAAAGACGUGGGCUGGUUUCCGCGAGGAGCACCACGCCGAGCUCGGCUCGUUUGGCGCCUCGGCUGACGGCAGCGUUGAGACUCACCAGUACUCGGUCACCAGCCACAAGCGGAGCUUGGCCGGCGGCGACGACUCGGCCGAGGGCCACCAGGAGCGGCUGCACGCGCGGGGCGGUAUUCCGGGAGUUUUCUUCUCUUAUGAUAUCUCCCCCAUGAAAGUCAUCAACAGGGAGGAGAAGGCCAAGUCUUUCCUGGGUUUCAUCGCUGGUUUGUGCGCGAUUGUCGGUGGUACCCUCACCGUGGCGGCAGCCAUUGACCGUGCUCUGUUCGAGGGUGGCGUGCGGCUCAAGAAGAUGAGGUCCAAGGAUCUUUAG